GCCGGAAAAAAACAAUAAAAACAAUCAUUUUUGUUUCCAGCCAGACCAACAAUCAUUAUUUUGCAAAUUAAUAAAUGAAUUUACAUCAAAUUCUUUUAAAUAAUUGAAUAAUUUUGAAAUAUUUUUAAACGAUGGAAGAAACAAAAGGUUUCUAUGAUUUUUGUGUGCCCUACAACAAAGAUGAGAAGCUAUUGAGAGCAAUUUGCAAUGAAUUGGUGGAUUUGGGCUACAAAACAAUUGCCAUCGAACAGGUGUUCGAUCACAGCAAAAAAGAGAAUGUCAAGAGGGCGUCUGAUAUAUUUCCGGAACCGAUCAACCUCAAAUGGCUGCAGGAUGAAUUCAAAAAUAAAUUGAAAAUUCUACAAAGGCUGACAAUUAUUUAUAUGGAUGUGGCAGUGGCUCAUGCUAUGGGCAAUUCAAUGAAUUUGAAGAAAUUUAAUUUGGUUGCUGGACAACCCAAAACUGAUGCCGCCUUAACACAUUGUUGCACAACCUUUAAUGGUGACUUGGUGACAUUUGAUGCCCAGGCGGGGGCACGUUUAUAUGUUAAUCGUAAAGCCUAUCAAGUAGCCGUUAAACGAGGAAUAUUUUUCGAAAUAAAAUAUUCACCACUGAUUGUGGAUACAAAUUUUCGCAAGGAUAUUAUAAAAAUAGCCCACAACUAUUUUGUGAGAGGAAAAUCCAAGAGUAUUAUCAUUAGCAGUGGAGCAACAAAUCCCUUUGAACUAAGGGGACCCUAUGAUGUGGCAAAUUUGUCAUUCAUCUUUGGUUUGUCUGAAGAUCAAGGUAAAUGUGCCAUAGAUCGUUUCUGUCGCCAAUUGUUUUUGAGGGCAGAAUCCCGACGUAUUGGUAAAACAAUAAUGUUUGUAAAAUCCUCAGGGCCCAUUGUAUUCUCUGACUCAUCAUCUUCGGAACAUGAAGAAGAUGAGGGAAUGCUAAAUGCAGAAGAAAAAGAAGAUCAGGAAGAUGUCAUUAAGUUUCCAAAAAGUUCCGAUUCUGAACAAGAAAGUGUUGACAAUGAUGAUGAACAACCAAAUAAAAAGAAAAAACUUUCUUAGCAAACCUGAAACAUCUGUUUUC